AGAGCCCUGACCUGACCACCCAGAGAGCCCAAAACACAAUGAACAAGUUGAAUUUCCACAACAGAGUCAUGCAAGACCGCCGCAGCGUGUGCAUUUUCCUUCCCAAUGAUGAAUCUCUGAACAUCAUCAUAAAUGGGAAAGGGCGAUUACUUCAGAUUGGGCCACGGCUCUCACGUGCACGUGUGGAAACCGCAGGUGGUGGAAGGACUGAAAGGGAAGAAGAUCGUGCAUGGGGCCGUCGGGGCCCAGCACUGCCUGGCGGUCACAGACUCAGAGCAGAUGAUAGUGUCGAACCAAGUGGAACAAAGAAAGAAGGUCUGAAUGACAAAGAGAAAAAAGAUGAAGAAACUCCUGCACCUGUGUAUAGGGCCAAGUCAAUUCUGGACAGCUGGGUAUGGGACAAGCAACCAGGGAUAUUCACGGAACGCCAAGCACCAAAGGGCCAGAAGCAUCCCCCUGCAGGACCAGCACUUGGCCCUGGCCAUCCUGCUGGAGCUGGCUGUGCAGAGAGGCACGCUGAGGACAUUGAAGCCAAAAAAGAAGCACAGAAGGAAAAAGAACUUGAUGAACAGGAAGCGAAUGCCUCAACAUUUCAUAGAAACAGGACUACAUUGGAUAAAGACCUUAUUAAUACAGGGAUCUGUGAGUCUUCUGGCAAACAGUGUUUGCCUCUUGUUCAGCUCAUACAACAGCUUCGUAGGUAAAUCGUAGUAGCUGUAUUGUACUGUAUUUUAUUUAUUUACUUUUGUUUUUUUUUGAGAUAGAGUUUCGCUCUUGUUGCCCAGGCUGGAGUGCAAUGGCACGAUCUCGGUUCACCAGAACUUCCGCCUCCCAGGUUCAAGUGAUUCUCCUACCUCAGCUGGGAUUACAGGCGUGUGCCACUAUGCCCGGCUAAUUUUGUAGUUUUAGUAGAGACGGGGUUUCUUUAUCUUGGUCAGCUGGUCUUGAACUCCCGACCUCAGGUGAUCCACCUGCCUCAGCCUCCCAAGUUGUUGGGAUUACAGGCAUGAGCCACCACGCCCAGGCUAUUUAUUUACUUACUAAUUUUUUUGUUGUUGUUGUUGAGACGGAGUCUCGCUCUAUUGCCCAGGCUGGAGUGCAGUGUCACGACCUUGGCUCACUGCAACCACCGCCUCCUGGGUUCAAGCAAUUCUCAUGCCUCAGCCUCCCAAGUAGCUGGGACUACAGGCAUCUGCAACCACACCUGGCUGAUUUUUGUGUUUUUAGUAGAGAUGGGGUUUCACCAUAUUUGUCAGGCUGGUCUGAAACUCCUGACCUCAGGUGAUCCACCUGCCUUGGCCUCUGAAAGUGUUGGGAUUGCAGGCGUGAGCCACUGUACCUGGCCUGUAUUGUAUUUUAAUGGGUGAUUAUUGGUUUUCUUAUUAAGACAGUGAAAUCUAGCACAAGGAUCUCAAAAAUUUGUUUGGUGAUUGAAGGAAUGUUCUGAAAAUUACCUAAUGUAAAUUUUAGGAUAAAGAGCAGGUCCUUUUCAAUAUAGGUGAGAGGAGAAGUUGGAGGGUAUGAUGAUACUCAAAAGUUUUUCACAGAAGAGAAAUCGGGGUGUGCAGUAAACAUGUAAAAAGAUUCUUAGUAAUAAGCAGGUGGAUGCAAAUGAAAAUCAUCAUAGGAAGGUUAUUUUUAAAACUGGUUCUAUCAUUGCCUCACUUUACAUAUUACAGAGUUAUACAUACUACUUUGUAAGGUAACUUUUCUUUUCAAAACUAAAGUCAGUGUGAAAGAAUGGUGAGCAUUGUUUUGGAAGGCCAGACUAGGAGGAGAUUGGAAGAAGUCACACUCAGCCUGUGAACAGAAGCUAACCUUGGCAGAAGCCAAAAUGGUCAGACAGCGUUGUGUAAAAAAUGAUCACUCAAGAGGGGCGAAAAAGCAAGGUGAUUUCUGGAAGAGAUUUAUUAGAAAAUGAAACACAUUUCUACCUGUAUUUAAUAAAAAUCUGCUUUUUGUAAA